AUGAACCGUGCGUUUUCUUGGAAAGACCAUUCGGCUCAGAUUCUGAGGAAAUAUUUCAGAGAGUCAACAAAGAAGCAUUUUCUAGCUGAAGAUGACGACUGUGACGAGGAUGAAAACGACCAUGAGUCUACUGUUGAUGAAGAUGAUGAGGACAACGAUGAUGAUGAUAUAAAAACAACAGAUGAUAGCGUGUUCGAAAUGUCAUCUAGGUCAAGACAACUUGCGCUGCAGCAGCUCCCUGAUCUUGAUAGUCGAAUCCGCCAGAGAAGAGAACUUACCGACAUAAUUGUGAGUCCUGAACUUCCUCCAAGACGAACGGAAUAUUUCAGCGCCUCGGCUCAGCAAGUGUUGGCUCAAAAUGGAAACUUACCAGCCUUUAGAAUGCAUCGUCUAGUUCUUGAUGAGAAAAAAUAUAACGACGUUAUGCUUUGCCUCAGUAAUGAAAGCAGUGUGACAUUUAAGUUCCAGUACCUCAUAAUGACGGAAAGAUUGAAAGAAACCACUGUCAAAGCAUCAAAUUUGUUUAAACGCUCAGAAUCUGAAAAAGAUUUAGCAGUUGUCGUCGAGGUUUGUUUAAUGCCUGGUAAUGUGCAGCGACAGGUUACGUCUCUGUGUAAGGGGACGCGGAAUCCCGAUUUUAACUCGGUGGUGUAUUUUAGCGGACUAUCACUCACUGAGAUGCACCAGAUGUGUCUAAGAAUCAAGAUAAAUGGUAGAGACGGAAGAACGGGAUCACUAACCAGACUUGGAGAAGUGACAGUGCCGUUAGAUAAUUUUGACAUCAUAGGUGAGACAGUGCUUGAGGAACACAUCAACAAGAAUCGACUCUAG